AUGGACUAUGUUGCUCUCACUCCAACAGAGCUCACUCUGUGGAAGGAGAAGGCGGCGCCAACGAUCCGCAAGGUGACGAACUUGCUUCUGCGAGGUGGCGCUAUUGGUUUCCUGGAAAUGGAACGAAACUUGUAUAUUGGCUCAGAGGAGGACGGCAAUAUCUCCAGGGACAGAAGGCGCGUUAACCCUGUGCUUUUCAAAUCCAUUAUGAACAAAUCUGGGGUGCUGUUGACGCCGGACGAGUACAGAAACCUUCGGACGGCGUACUCGGAUGAGGGCGGUUUUCUUGUAGAUGAUUUUAUCGCUCUUGUCUGUCCAUUGAAGAGUCUUGGAGAUCGUGAGGCAGGCAUUUUGAGAAACAUGUGUGGUGACAUCAUCAGUGCUGUUAUUCCCACGAUUGCCUUGGCUGAUCUAAUGCACACGCUUGAGGAGGCACUUUUGCCAGGCGAUGUUGCUGCCUGUGAAGCGACACCUUUUUUUGCAUCUACCAUGACGGAGUUGAAAAUGAUUUUUACACCUUUGCGGUAUCCCAAGGCGUUUGUGCCGCCUCAGGAUGUGAUGAAUGCCUUUGCCGCCAUAUUGCUCAACAGUCCAGAGGCUGGUGAGCCGCUCUUGAAGUGUCUUGCCACAGUGAGGCUGCCCCCCGCACCGCCUUCUCCACCUCCUUCUGAAAUGCCAUUUUUCUUUACAGGGACCCGCACCGCACCAUGGCAGAAGCGAGGGUAUGAGUACUACACGGACCGCGAUAACCGCGACGAAUGGAUCCGCGGGCGAGAAGAGGCACCGCCGCGGCCGAUGUAUCAGCGCCAUCUGCCCGGUUAUCAGGGACAUCUUCCCACAUACAAGAGCAAAUUUGGUCGGUCUUUUCAUCCGAUCGAGGAGUCGGUACCGGAGCUCUCACGUCCGAAGGAAGAACAGGGGCCGGUGGCUGCGGAUCGAUACGGUCCCGCUGUGGAGUUAAAGGGUAGCUGGCUAACUCGACACAACUUCAAAUUGGCGUAG